AUGGAUUCACCAACGCCUUUCCUGUUCUGCCUCAAAGAUAUGAAUCGCCUACGCGUUAAGUUUAACAACCUCACCAACGAGAUGAUCCAGGGAGACCUUAUCGUACCGGUUAUUCGCAAGCGAGGCCACCCGUGGUUCUUCCUGGAUGAGAAGUAUGCACCAGAGGCGUUUCUAACUGAGGUCGAGAUGAGAUGGUUAUAUCGAUGGUUUGGUCACCCUGCAGUUGAUAGGCUGCACAAGGUCUUAAAGCGUGCAGGCUAUCUUAACGUGGAUUAUAAGAUGCUUGCGCAGAUUGAAGAAUUCUGCCACCAUUGCCAAAUGAACCGGCAAGCACUCAAACGGUUUAAAUUCACAUUGCAUGACGACUGCGAGUACAACUAUGAGAUUGUUGUUGAUGUUAUGUAUCUUGAUGGCAAGCCAGUGCCAGUCAAGGCUCACAAUGCUAUUAGUAAGGUCGAACGGUACCACACACUACUGCGCCACGCUUAUAAUAUCAUAUUGUCAGAACUCAGUGCAAGCGUCGAUAAGGAGAUCAUACUUCAGAUGGCGGUUAAGGCUAUCAAUAACACAGUAGGACUAGAUAGAUUAGUACCAACUGUACUAGUCUUUGAUGCCUAUCCUCGCAUAACUUACGACUUGCCACCAUCAGCAUUGACAGCAAAGCGCGCCCAGGCCAUAAGGAAGGCCAUGAUCGACUUAAGGAACGCCAUGGCCACGCAUAAAGUUAAUGACGCUCUUAAGGCCAGGAACAGCCCAAUUGUCAUGGAAACGCUCAACCUAGCACCAGGAACCGACGUGCAGGUCUGGCGAGAAGGUAAAGGAUGGACUGGCCCGCACAAAGUUAUCUCAGUUAACGAUUACAAUGUGAUUAUGGACCUACCCAGCGGUGUCACUGAUUUCCGUGCAACUUCAGUACGACGUUACCAGCGAGACGAGAUCGAGUCGUCUCCGACUCGGCGCCUACUAGGCACUGAUCUUCCUCCUCAAAAGGAGGAAGAAGGUAGAAAAAUCGACAGCCUACUGACGGGCCAGAAAAGUGGCCUAGCAUUUGCUCAGGGAUCCUCCUCAUGCGACGCUGCUGCCAGCGCGCUGCAAGAAGUGGAAUUAGGAGAGCCUACCGGCGCGGGUUAUAACGACGCGGGCAAAACUGGCAUACUGACACAAGCGCCGACGAUUCAGCGCGCUAGUCAGCGCCUUGUCGUGUUACUUAUUGCUACGCUAAUUCUCAUGGGCAUGGCGUACACACAGUCAAAAAGUAAGCUACAACGCCUGAUUGUUGCCAACCUGCCAGCCGAGAUGAGAGAUAAAUACCCACUGGAUUCGCUACUCCUUGUGGAAGGUGCCUUGUACGGGAUCCCUGAAGCUGGUGUACACUGGUUUGACACAUAUCAAUCCCAUUACAAGGACCGGCUGGGUAUGGAGACAUCCACGUACGACCCGUGCCUCCUCAUGACGACUAAAGGGAAGGAGAACUUUGGCCUUGUCGGUAUACAGACGGACGAUACCCUGCUUGUCUCAACAGAAAGUUUUGCCGGAGAGGAACAAGUGGCUUUACAAGAAGCUGGCUUCAAGGCGAAGCCUAAGACACGCCUAUCCCAACAAGUGCCAAUAGAAUUCAAUGGCGCUAGAAUCACUUUGCAAGAUGAAAAGGUCUAUUUCCGCCAAAAGGGCCAAGCCGCAAAGAUAAAGCCAGUGGGCAAGGAAGACCGCGCACAAAAGUACGUGGAACAACGCGCGCGCGGUGCGUACUUAGCUUCAAUCUGCCAACCUGAAGCGGCGUACGACUUGGCAGUGGCCGCUCAGCUGCAGGAGAAAGACCGAUCUGAGGCAGAUUAUGACGCGUUGAAUAAACGUCUCAUAUGGCAAGCCGAGAACCCAGAUAGAGGUCUCUGCUUCGUUCCGAUUGAUUUGACCAAGGCCAAGAUUAUGAUAUUUACCGACGGUUCCUUCGCCAACAACCGGGACUUGACCUCCCAAAUUGGCUUCCUCAUUGCCAUGUGUACUGGCCUCGAGAAUUUAUGGCCUCACUACUGGCUCGACCAAGUUUACCCUGACAGUACAGUCAACAUGAUUACCAAGAGGCUCGGCCAGCCUGAGAUGCCGGUAGUAGUCUGCACAGAUUCCUACUCGCUAUAUGAGUGCCUCACGAAGCUUGGAACGACCAAAGAAAAGCGCUUAAUGAUCGAUCUCAUGGCGCUUCGCCAGUCAUAUGAGCGACAUGAGAUUGACGAGAUCCGAUGGAUCCACGGUGAUGACAACCCUGCAGAUGCCUUUACAAAGUCAAACCCGAACAAGGCCCUGCGGGACUUCGUUGGAUCCAACAAGGUGACGAUCCAGGUGGAAGGCUUCAUUAAGAGGACCAGGAUUGAUUAG